AUGAAGUCUGUAUCGUUUGUACUCGUUGGUCUUUUAGCUCAGUAUGCCUCUGCAUUCCCGGGAAUGGGCAACAUGCGUAAGGAGGCCGGCGUGCUCCCUCGCAAACCUGUAGCUGAGCCCGCUAGCACCUCAAGCAGUGCUUCCGGCAACUACCCAGCCUGGCACCCAGCACAAAAAGGAGAAGUUCGCUCUCCCUGUCCUGGUCUCAAUUCGCUGGCGAACCAUGACAUCUGCCCUCGAAGCGGCAAAGGAUACACCAUCCCCAUCUUGAUCGACUGCUUGAAGAGGGGCCUGAACGUCGGUGCCGAUUUCUCUACAGUCGUAGGUACCGCAGGCAUUGCCUCGAAUCCCAAUCCUUUGCCAUCUGGCCUGUACUUCGAUCUCGACAUGCUUGAUCGUCACGACUUUGUUAUAGAGCACGAUGGCUCUCUAUCGCGCGCUGACGCCACCACGGGCGACAAUCACUCCUUCAAUCAAACCAUCUGGGACUCGGUACUUGCUUACUACAGUGGUAUGACAGAUGCCACCAUACCUGUUGCUGCGAAGGCAAGAUACAACCGCAUCAGCACAGAGGCCGCCAGAGACCCCAACUUCAGUUACAGCCCUGUUCAAUUCAUCCUUUCUUAUGGCGAGACAGCACUUUACCUGUCCACAAUGGGUGACCCAAUCACUGGAGUAGCACCAUUGGAGUACGUCCGCAGCUUGUUCGAAGAAGAGAAACUCCCCUACGAACUCGGCUGGCAACCACCAAAGGUUCCGACUACAUUGGCCAGUCUAGGCGCCAUGGUUCUUCAACUCAAUGCUGAAAGUGGAGAGACUAUUCCCGAGGGCGUGAUAUUGGGCGAGAACAGUCUGAGAGCGGUACUGAUCGGCCUCAACGCUGCUACAGGAGAGAUUGAGAACAAUGCACUUUAUGCUCUUGCGAAGCUUACUGGUGCUCUGGGUAGCUUAGGGGGCACACUGAAGAGCUUGACAGGUUCCUAG